AUGGAGGAGGUGAAGUGCAGCUUGCUGGGCUUCAACUCAGCACUCCUCAAGCAGCCGCUGGAUACGCUUUCGUCAGCGGCCGACACGAGGACAACAAAGGAGUGGAGUGCGGACAGCGCGGCUGGUGCCUCGUCCGCGGCAGCCUUGCGCAGGUACUGCGAGGCGUUGCCUUUUCACCCCACAGAGCGACUUCUUCUGCAGAGCGCCCUGCCUCUUGGUCGCAGCUAUCACACGCUUCUGCGCGCCACCCAGGAGGCGGCUGUCGGCCGCACUGAGGGACUGUACCCAGCCGCUAUUGCGAAUGGGGUGAAGAAGAUUCUUGUCAACUACGCCGAGGCGGUGAAGGCGGCCGAGACGCCGUCGGCGCUUGCUGUGCUCCCGGCUACCUACAUCCUGACGUUCACCCUCCUGGAGGCUAUCGUCAAGCAACAACAGCAGACGGAGGUGUGUCUGCCGUUGCUCGGCGACUUCCUUCACAAUCAGGAGGUCCCGGCAGUCUUUCGCCGUCUUCUCGGAGAAAGCGUGUGGCUGGCGCUGCUCUACACUACGGCUCACUACAUUGCACAUGGUGUCGUGUUGCACGCACGUCGGGACUACUUCAUUGCACUGCGCACCAAACCAACGGAAACUGCAGCGGCGGCGGUGCCGGUGGGGAGCACCUCAACCCGCUUCAGGUGCGGCGGUGAGGAGCACAUCCUCUACACAGACCGUCUUCCGCUCGGCGUGUCCCCCGAGCUAGGCCUCUUGAUAUUGGCGGCAGGUAAAGAGCGGCGGGUGCUGCUACGCGACGCGGAUGUGCAGGGUGGCAGCGACUACCUGGAGCAGCUGGCUCUCGGUUCACAGGACGAGGCCGCCAAUGCUGUCUUUCACUCCAUCUUUGACGUGCAGCUGUGCCAUGGUGGUGUACUGGCCGCAGAGGAGCUAGCGGCACGUGUGGAGGCGGCGAAGACGCUGUGGUCCAAGGCAUUGUGGAUGAAGGUCGGCGAUUUUCCUUCGCUAAAGGUGAACCUUGCCGCCCUGCGGAACAUGUUUCUCUGCCACCGCGGCGACGUGUGGUACGCUUUUGUGGAGCGUGUGUUGUCUGCUCUUGCUGGUUUGCAGCCGAUUCAACACGGCGGUUGCGAAGGUGCGGCAGCGUCACCUGCGCGGGCGCCGCUGCUGCCGUCACUCUCGCCCGCUGCCACCAUCGAAGGGGCCGAGGGCGCAAAUGAGGAGGCGAAGGGCGAGGAUGCAGCAGACGCUCUGGCUCGUGAGUCUCGUGCCGUGGCUUCCCGUGGCGCCUACCUGCAGCGCACCGCUGCGGACGCAUUCUUGUUCGCUCUCUCCGUCAGCAAUCUGCACGACACCGCCGCGUACGAGCCAUUCACGAUGCGGGUGGCGGCGAGCAGUAUUCAGCAGGCGAAUGCGGCCUUUGCUGGUGAGGACCAGGGGCGAGCGGGCCGGCGCACCCGCGGCGGUGGCGGCGCGGCUGCUUCAACAGAGGACAUGGCGCGGCACCUCCUGCUCGUCGUUCAAGCUCUUCAUUUGCAGUAUAUCCCUCCUCAAGGUCUGCUGCUAAUCGUGUCGCAGAAGUCAUUGCAGUACUACCAGCGACUCUUCUCGUUUCAUCUCGCCCUUCGAUUCUCACUGGAGGCGCUUGCAGUGACGCGCUCACUCUUCUCGGAGGCGUUGGUAACCAACUUGAGCCCCUCGGCAGACCUGCGUCGCGCUUUUUCUCUGUUUCAGCUUCUGCACUUUCUGGAGUCCUCGGUGGGCUACUACAUGCAAGUGGAUGUCAUCAGCGUGUACACCGCACAACUCGAGGAGCAACUCGCGUCGACUACAUGCACGAGCGUGGACCAGGCAAAGCACUUCCACGACCAGUUCAUAUGGCAUGUGGCGGAGGCUACGUUUCUCACGGAAGGCUCCGAGCCGCUUCUGCGCGCGUGCCAGUCCCUCAACACGUGUGCGACAACCCUCUACACCCUCUGCACGCGCUAUCGCAUCUCGUACUGGGCGGUCGAUGGCGUCAACAAGACUCCGGUGGAGGUGCGUGCGACGCUAAGUGCCCUCGAGGCGCGUGUGCAGCAGGAGGUUGUGGCGGUGUUUAUGGGUCACCUCGGUCUUGGUGGGCGUGCGUGGGAGCGCGCGCUGUGGUCUCGCCUCGACUUCAACGGCUACUUCUCUCAACACCGCACACGACCAGCGGUACCUGUGACACUACGGAGUGUCAGCGCGUCAGCAAACACGUUCACGCAGCCGCGCCGCACACGUGCACGUAGUGCCGGCCGGCUGUCGCGCCCGAAGAGUAGGGCUACAACGCCACGUCAUCAUCAGAGAACACCGAGGCGAACGUCAGCUGGGUGA